AUGCAUCUUCCAAAUAGGAUUAUCCCGAUGCUAAGGCAAUUGGAUCAGCCCUCGGACUUCCAGCUGUACAGGGAUAUCUUGAAAUCCAGUCCAAAGCUGCCGCCACACGAAUGGGCCAGCCUGUGCAAGCUUGUAAGAACCACCAAGCUGUACAACAUCCUGCGCAUGGAUUUGUCUUCAAGAGAGGCAGAAAUACUUGGAAAUGCACUGAAGAAAGCGUCUCUCAAUAGAGUAGAUGAUAUGAUAGGCAUAGUAAUAAAAGCAAACUACAAAAGCUCAUCAAUACUGCUCAAGUACAUAAUUGAAAAAAAAAAGAAAAUAGACAUCAGGCCAAUACAAAAGUAUCUCGAGGAGCAGAUAGCACAGGGAGAUCCAAAACUUAAGAUGCUCAAGGUUAUUUAUGCACUGCACAGAAACUAUCCAAACUCAAUCACUCCCGAAAUUCUUGACUUCUGCCGUGCCACCGAUCAUCCUAUCUGCAAAGAGAUACUAGAAUCAUCCAUGGAUGUCAUUGAAUAA